AUGAGGGUCUACGACGCGUGCUGCUACGCUUUACUGGCUAUCACGGUCACCGCCUGUGUUAGGGCAGAGACACAGCACGAACAGGAGCGGGGCCUGAUGGGCAGGAAAUCUAAGGGGCAGCUCGCUAAGCGAGACGCGGCCAUGCACAUGGACCGCUUCCAAAUCCAAAACCUAUUCAAGCACCGGCCCAAAUUCAUCUACAAAAGGGUAUCAAACCAGCGUUACAGGACCACAAAGCCCAAGUACGCGGUCACGCGGACCAAAUACACCGUGAAGCCGAGCCGGAAGAUCAUGAGGAGGUACAGGAACAGCGUCAACCCCAAGUACGGCCAGCCGAGCCACUCCAAGCGGCCGCCGAAGUUCCGCUACGCCCACCAGAAGGCGCCCAGCUACAAGUCCGCGAACAGUCCGCUAAACAGGAGCCCCGGUCACUACGCAGCAGAGCAGACGGGCUUCGGUGAACCCCCGCUGGAUCAGCUCGAAUAUCACUUCUCGUCGCACGGCGAGGCGAACGCCUACGCGGCCCCGCAAAAGGCGAGGGAAGCGGCUCCAUCCCUCCCGCAAAUGCUGUCCGACCCCAUAGAAGUGGACCACGACGAUUACGACGAGCAGGUACAAAAGCUGUGGCACCCGCAAGACUUGAGCGACGACGCCAAUUUCGCGCCGUCGUACAAGCGGCCCGCGUACGUCAAGGCCCGGCGCGGCCACGGGGGCCUGCCGUCCGACAACCCCAGCGCCUACAUGGACUUCUUCAACUACGACAGGCCGCUGAAGGCGGACCUAAGGAAGAGAAAGAGGAAGCAGAAGCGCAAAGAGGCGAUGGUAGACGGUUCGCGGACGCAGGGAGUCCGCGCCGUGGAGCGUCCGGAGCCGCAGAUAGUGGUGGGCGGCCGGUACGCCGAGCCGCCGGCGAGGUACUUCCCCUACUUCAACAGGAACGUGCCGAUGACGCAAGAGGGGGGUGACUUCGCUCUCGCCGACGAAGCGGUGGACCCGGACGUGACGUCAUCAGCCACCAUAUCGCCGUACGUCAACUACAAGAAUGGCAACGUGGCCUUCAGUCCGCAAAAUCUGAACGAUGCAUUUAGUAUAGUCGAU